ACAAGGCUCAAACUCUCCGAAUUCUGCUAGGCUUCCCGAUUAGCCAAAUUUUAUUCUCAAAAUGCAUGAACUGACGCCCUCUACCCGUGGAAAGCGUCUAAUGCAAAGGAUCCACACCCUCCGAUCCGAGGAUGGAGGCAGUGCAGCCGGGGAUUUCGAUGAUUUGGAUUUUCCCACUGUGCACCAUGACGAUGAAGAGGAAAAGCCCACAUCAUCACAUUCCGUCAAUAAAAAUCUAUUAUUUGCACCAAGUUUCGACGAGCUCAAGGGAGAGAAACCACCACAUGAAAAGGAUCUUGUUGAGAAGAUCAGAAUGCGUGGGCGAUCGCAAAGUUGGAUGAUUCGUACCAGACAGAUUUUACAUGAAGAAAAGGAGACAAAUCCGCUUAUGAUAUACCUGAUGUUCAUCUUCUCCGCCUUAGUCUUCAUAUUAUCAUUUCCACUGAGUCUACUUUUCUGCAUCAAAGUCAUCAAGGAAUACCAACGAGCUGUGGUCUUCCGUCUUGGACGACUGAUCAAGAGCGGAACCAAAGGACCCGGAUUAUUUUUUAUUUUACCAUGUAUCGACACAUGCAAGAUAGUCGACCUACGAAUUCUCUCCUUAGAUGUUCCACCACAAGAAAUUCUUAGCCGUGACACAGUAACGGUAUUGGUGGAAGCGGUCAUCUACUUCAGGGUCUCAAAUCCGGUAAUCUCAGUGACAACCGUGAACGAUGCACAGUUCAGUACCCGUCUCCUCGCUCAGACUACACUUCGUAAUGUGCUGGGCACGAAAACUUUGAGUGAAAUGUUGUCCGAACGGGAUGCGAUAGCAAAUAUUACUGAGAAAGUGUUGGAUGAAGGCACGGUACCAUGGGGAGUAAAGGUAGAGCGCGUUGAAAUCAAGGACAUCCGUCUUCCUCAUCAGCUCAUGCGAAGUUUGGCCGCUGAAGCAUUAGCUGUUCGACGAGCGAGAGCCGCCAUGUUUCAUGCUGAAGGCGAGAAGGGCGCUUCCAAGUGUAUGUCGGAAGCAGCUGAUAUGCUUAGCCAGAAUACAAUGUCAAUUCAACUGCGAUAUUUGUCUACCUUGCAACAAGUGGCGGCACAGAAGAACAGGACGAUUGUGAUCCCGUAUCCGAUGGAACUUGCAAGGAAUUUAGUGAAGAAAUAUGGAUAA